ACGAUCAAUGUGAUGGGAGCAACACGGCAGAGGGCCUAUCCAAGCUGCAGAGCUCUCGGAACAACAUGAGGAAUUGUAUUUGACUGUCCAUCGAACCUAUACUCUAUAAGAUCGUUUUGUUUAUUGUUUAGAGCUUCUUGGAUAACACUAACAAGGCAACAUGGCGGCGCAACAUCCACCACUAUUUACUGCAUCGCGCUUGCAGACAGCGACCUACCUGCUCGGUGUCUGUCCUUUCUCUAUCGCUUUUUUGGUUUUUCUCAAUUCGUCCAUAUCAUUUGUGGUGACGGAUCUGAUUGGGCUGGAGAAAGGCGAAGGAGAUGCUGUUGGAUCACUCGGGUUUGCUGAUGAGCUGUUGGCGCUGAUUGCUUGUCCGGUUUGGGGAUUACUGUCUGAUAAGAUUGGAGUGCGUUAUGUCUGCACUAUCGGAUACACGAUCAUUGCGCUGUCAUUGGUCCUUUUCGUACAGGCAUCCAAUGUCUACCCACAGCUCCUUCUCGGACGACUUUUCUUCAGCUUAGGGGGUUCGGCUGUCUCAACCAUGGUGACGGCUACUCUGCCUACAAUUACAGGAGGCAAUCUUCCUCACCAAGAUCCUCCUCAUCAACGACGCUCAAACCACGCUUGGAGACCAUCUCUUUCAUCAGAGAUCACCAUUACUCCAUCUCGCUUCGAACGGAGUCGCUCUCGAGAGCAAAUACCCGAACCGGCUCCAACAUCGUCGUCUUCUCGACUUGCAGGAUUUGUCGGGUUGUUUGCAGGUUGUGGUGCUCUGAUAUCACUUGCCGUAUUCUUACCUCUCCCUGCAUACUUUGAGAAAUUUGAGAAAUCCGGUUCCACACCAGCCCAGGCGAUUCGACAGAGCUUUUAUGUUGUUGCAUCUGUGGCACUACUAGUUGCGAUCGCUUGUUUCUUUGGGCUCCGGAAUCUUCCUGGGGAGGAAGAGAAGCAUAUCCAGUCGCUUUGGCAGGGCUCCCAGUCAAAUGAAGAAUACCCCGGCUUGCGGACAAGGACAACCACCAACUAUGGUGAAGAUCUCUUACACGCACUUAAACUCGGUUUUUUACAUCCUGAUAUCUGCUUGGGCUACAUCGGCGGGCUCGUUGCUCGCGCGUCAUCGGUCGCAAUAUCCCUCUUCAUACCAUUGUUCGUCAAUUACUACUACCGAAAGCUGGGAUUGUGUCAAAAGACUGAUCAGGACAAAGUCCCUUCAGGCGGUCUUGGUGAUAUCAAAAAGUCAUGCCCGGAAGCCUAUAUACUAGCGUCAAUUUUGACUGGCGUAUCGCAAUUGGUAGCCUUGCUUACUGCUCCAAUAUUCGGUUACUUGUCCGAAAGGUCCCGUCGAUAUAAUCUACCAUUACUCUGUGCUGCGCUUCUGGGGAUAGUAGGAUAUAUGACUUUUCCUUUGAUAUUCAAUCCGCAACUCCAAGUACCACAUGUAAAUGGUGGUGAAUUCGCUAUCGUGUCUUCUAUCGGCAUUAGCCAAAUCGGCGCUAUUGUCUGCAGCCUUGGAAUUCUUAGCAAUGGAGUUCUGAAUAUCGGUUUUAGCGACAAUCACCAGGGAAGUGGAAGCGAGUCAUCGCAAGAACCAACAGACUCCAUUCAAACUGCUGAUGAGAACAACUCUCACACCGAACAUGAUCCACUGAUUGCAAAACAGGGUAAGAGUCUCGCCUCUUCGGACUUGAAACAUUUGAAAGGGUGUAUUGCUGGAAUAUAUUCGCUUUAUGGUGGAGCCGGUAUCCUCCUGUUGACGAAGCUGGGUGGGCUACUCUUUGAUGUGUCUUCGACUGGAGCACCAUUUUAUAUCAUGGCUACUUUUAAUGCGAUCUUGUUUCUGGCAGGAAUUGGAUGUAUUGUGUGGCGGUCUAGAAAAUCAUGACGACAUUUACGCUCAAGGAAAUAUCGUGGUUCGGACAUGUAACAUAAACUGAAAUUA